CAGGUUCAAGGAAAAGUUGAGGGAUUUCGUUCAGUCUCAAACCUGACAGCAAAAGGCAACUACAGGCACCAUGUCGAUGCAGUCGCUGGCCAAUGCGGCCUAUAUGACGUACUUCCUGGCGGCCAAGUCCGUGCCCGUGGUGGCCGUGGGUGCGUCCAUCGUGUUCGCCAUCUCUCCAUGGCCCACCGUCGCUACCAUCCGCCGCGAGCGCAGCACGUUGCAGUUCUCAUUCGCCCCGUUCUUCUUCUACUUCGUGCAAAGUGUAAUCUACACCUUGUAUGGCUGGACAACGGGCAAUCCCGUGGUGGGAGGCACGUCAUUUCUCGGCGUGGUGUUGGGCUCAUACUACGUGUUGGUCUUCUACAAGUACGCGCGCGACCGCACACAACCCACCAGGAUGUUGACGUCAGCCAUGCUAGUUAUCCUCUUGCUAUCUCAUCAAGUGGCCACGCGCUCCCCCGAGGAAACGCAGAUACUCACGGGCAUCCCAGCCAACAUCCUGUCAGUGUUCACGGCCGCCUCGCCGCUGCUCCAGCUCAAGAAUAUUCUGCGUCGCAAGGACGCGUCUUGCUUGCCUUUCGGCAUGUCAGUCAUGAACGUUGUGGCUGGCACCAUGUGGUCCAUCUACGGCUUCAUGUUGGGCGACCCACUGGUCAUUUGUCCCAAUUUGUUCGCACUCACAAUGGGUACAAUCCAGGUGUCGCUCAUCUUGCUCUACCCAGGAAGCAAAGGUGGGAGUGCUGCGGAACCAAAGGCGAAAUCCUCGCCUCCUACUAAGCCCAGUCCUCCACAGAAGAAGAAAAUCGAGCACCCCGAGUGAAGUGAUUAUCGAAAACUCAAGCUGAAGAAGACAGCACGUGGACGAAGGAGCAACAGUUUUUUUGCAUUAGGUUCUAAGUGAAUGCCAUCGAUUUCCUUCUCCAAAUUUUGCGAUGCUGCCGUUGGUUAUUUUCGGG